AAAGAACGCAGAGGCGCGCACGAGAGUGGCUGAGGAGUGUCAAACGCGCGGAGAGGAAAGUCGAGGCUGCACUUUUAAUAGGAGCGGAACCCCGCGCGCAAAAAAAAUUAAAAGCGCCUUGCUCCCUUUCAGCACUCGCUCGCUUGCCUCGCCAAACAGGGGAAGGAGCAUCCGGACGAAGCAGCAUUGCAGCUACGCUUUUUUUUUCCUUCUUCCUUUCUUUCUAAAAGCAUCUCCCCCUAAUUCUUAACUGUUCUCCACGUGGGUGGAGACCGAGGAGUAGGGUACUCCUGCGCGACACAAUAUGUCAGGGCGGGCGCUGAGUCUUUUCUUGCUGCUCUGCAGCUGGAGCCUGACUGAGCUGCUGGUCGAAGCUUGUACCUGCGUCCCAGUUCAUCCCCAGGAUGCCUUCUGUAACUCAGACAUCGUUAUCCGGGCCAAGGUAGUUGGCAAGAAACUUAUGAAAGAUGGGCCAUUUGGGACAAUGCGAUACACUGUCAAACAAAUGAAGAUGUACAGAGGUUUUGACAAGAUGCCACAUGUUCAAUACAUCUACACUGAGGCCUCUGAAAGUCUUUGUGGAGUCAAGUUGGAGGUCAACAAGUAUCAGUAUAUGAUUACAGGUCGAGUUUAUGAUGGAAAGGUUUAUACCGGACUGUGUAAUCUGAAUGAAAAGUGGGAUCGAUUGACCUUGUCUCAGCGCAAAGGACUAAACCAUCGUUACCAUCUAGGUUGUGGCUGCAAGAUUAAGCCAUGCUACUAUCUUCCUUGCUUUGUGACCUCCAAGAAUGAAUGCCUCUGGACAGACAUGCUUUCCAGCUUUGGUCAACCAGGGUACCAGUCAAAGCAUUAUGCUUGCAUCAAACAUAAAGAUGGCUAUUGCAGCUGGUAUAGAGGAUGGGCACCUCCUGAUAAAACCAUCAUCAAUGCAACUGACCCCUGAAAUUCCAUUUGUCCUUUCUUUCCUGUCCUUUUCUUCCAUGUGGCUGAGCAUUCUUUGGACACUAACGCAUAUUUGAUCAUGAUGGCAACCGUGAUAUUAGUGCCUGUUUCUUGCAACUUUUAGCACUUCGAACUGUUGUGAUUUUUAAAUCUAUGCUGUCUUAACUCUUUUUUAAAAUUAUCUUUUAAAAAUUGCUCUCAUCCCAUGUUGAUCAAAUAUUUAUCUGGUGUGUGAACAGAAGUUCCCAGAUGAUCAAGGGAGCUUUUGCUUAAAGUUUUUAUAGCACUAUACAUAUAGCAAUAUAUAUUUUUGUAGGAAAACAAAUCUCAAAAACUUUCUGAUUAAAAUUUUAUUCUCUCCUCUUCAUUUCCUGUGCUGCUGUGUUAUUCUCACAUUCAGUUCUCAGAGCAGGUAGCUACGAAAGCAGCCAGUUGCGAUUAAUCACCAUAUUCACCACAUAAUGAAGGGAUGCAAAGAAAGUCAUCGCGUUUAUAUAGAAUGGAAUGUGGAGUAUUUGGGAAAAUUCCUUUGCAUGAAUUUAAAAGAUUGCAUACUUCAAAAUGCCUGUCCAUUCCAAUAUGAAUGUAGAAAUUUCAUGGCAUAUCUAGGUUUGCACAGAAAAUAAAUUUCUUUUAAAAAAAUCAAAAUCAACUAAAAUGAAGCUAAUACAUUUUCUAAAUACAAAUGUGGAACAAACCUGUUGAGAACCAAAUCAACAUCCGAUUGUGGCUUUGAUGUGGAUGUAAAACUGCUUCUUCAAUAUUUGUUUUACACAUAACUUUCCCAUAAUUUUGUGGAGAGUGGACAAAGUUGGAGCACAGGAGGAAAGAAACAACUUCCCUGGGACAUAUUGAUGUAAGAAACCAGCUGCCCAAACACUGCUUUUGCUGAACAAAAAUGUAUAUAGAUAUAAUGAUAUAAGCUAUUUUUGACAGGGCAUGAUUCUGUUUCAUGCUAUAAGUAAUAAAAUGUUUCAUGCUUUUGUUUCAAAAGAGCAACCAUUCACAUUCCAAGUCAUUAGUUACUAUUUUGUUUUUUUUAGUUCAAAAGCUACUGGAGUUCCAGUAAUUUCUAAAGCAGUGAUAAUAAUCUGUUUUUAUUCCCUUCCCUGUAUGCUUGUUUUCUUUCUUGCCAUCAAAAUAAGGGCCAAUGCAAACAAUUGUUCUAAGACUAAAAUAUUUCCAUCAUCCCCUAUCCCCUUCCCUUAAAUAUAUACAAUAGAAUGGUGUUGUAAAAGGGCCUUACUAUUGUAUGAAUACUGGGUCAGCCUGUACUUUGAAAAACAUUUAAUUUUUUUCAUAGUUUUUCAUGAUGCGGUAUUUUGUAAAUUCUGUUAUAUAGAAAUCUUGUCAUAAUACUUUAUUCUCCUGUGAAUAUUGGCACAGCAGUGAAAGAUUGCUUCUUCAUAAUAUUUUCCUACUCAUUAAUAGUGUGUUUAUCGGUAGGCACAAUGAAAAUAGAGAAGAUGGGCAGGGAAUAUAUUAAAACCUACUUUUCCAGCCUUUAAUGUAAUUCUUAAAAGAACUAGAUCUAUUAACUAAAAUAAUAUUUUUAGGGAGAUUAUUAUGUAUUCCACUGUUGACUACAGUUAAACAGCCCUAUGGUAUGGGAUCACGAUGCUUUCUAGAAGUAAGGAACUGGCUAUUCCACUUUCACUACAGUCUUUAUUACUAUUAUGAAAAGGUGUAAUAUAAAAAUAUUUUAAAAGUAAUUUAAGAGCGAAGUUUCUAUUGGGAUUGGCAACUGCAUAAUUUACUGAGACCGUAGAAUGGGGUAAAGGUUAAUACACUUACUACAAGCACAUGCUUUGUCCUUUUGUGCUGGUAUAGUUUGUCUUAACAUUACUUUCAAUUGAUUCCUCCUAAAAAACAGAGCUGCCAUAAGUUCAAAAUGGUUCUAUAAUAUAAUUGAAAAAAUUCCCUUGUUUUCUCCUCACUUUAAUCGAAUAAGUUUUUGUAACAGAGAGCUUAAUAUUAUUCGAUAGAGCUUCCACAACCCAAAAGAGAUGGCUAAGCAGGAAUGAGGACACACAAACACAGAAAUCUAUCACAACCUCAUUGCAGAUCCAUAAACCACAUGGUUUCAGAAAAGUAUCUGCUACAUUUUCCACAACAGUAUUUUUAUGUUUAUAAAGUAUAGUGUAAAUGUUGCUAACAGUAGAUUCAGAGAUGUUUCCAUAAAAGAGACUAGUUUAUAUUACGAUCAACCAAAAUCAUAAAAGCCAGCAAUAUGAAUUGACCCCAUUUCUAGAGACAAACUUGAUUUAAGCUCAGAUCUUAAAGGCAAGAAGACAGCAGUGUAUUUGCUUUCUCCUUUCAACUGAAUGGCAGCUCUAGAUUAUUUUCACUUAUUAAGGUCAUACCUGAGUCACCAUAAUACUGCAGUCAGAAAAUAGUGAAAAUCUCUCUUAUGCUAAGAAAAAAAAAUGUGUUCUUAUUCAAGUUGUAAUGUAUCUCUGUAAGAAAUAAAAUAGCAUACCCAUCCAAUGAAAUAUAUUUAUCUAUGUAAGUGUUCUAUUGUAUACCACAGAAGAUAAGAGUUAUUUGAGGAAGAGUGUAGCUCAAUCAACAAUCCUCUCCUACAGGGUGGCUUGGUUCUUGGUUUUGUUUUAAUAAGGAGGCAAAAAGAGAGAGAGGAAAAACCCAGCAAAAAAUACAUUUCUUUUGGGACGCCGUCAAAGUUUUCAGUGCUGAAACUUACUUUACAGUAUUAUUUUUUAAAAGAAAAGUGAGCCAUCCAAAGUUUGGUGCAAGAUGGGUGGCUAUAUAAAUAUUUUAAGGAAACAAAUAAAAGAUGGGCCUUUUUAUCAUUCCUAUUAUACAGACUGUAAUGUGGGAUUUGAAAUGGUAGUCUGACUUGUGUGUUUAUCCAGUGCAUUUAUCAGCAAGAUGCUCUGAUUGGUUAGUUUUGUAUUUAAUGUAUGGGCCUGAGCCAUUCUUGUUAAAGUCAACUGGUGUCUCUCCACGGAUUCCAGAAAUUAUAAGACCUGGAAUGUCCCGUUAUGAACUCAUCUGCAAGGGAUUCAACUUAGCAUGUCUUUUUUCUUCAGAAGGGAGUUGCAUUAAAUUUGAGGGAGGCUAUUCUCAGGAAAAGCAUGCAUAUGACCGCAGAAUUAGGAUUUAAUUCUAUUUAUACCUUAAUAAUAAACCUAGUGAUUUCAACUCUUUUUUUUUUUGUAGAAACAGGCCUAGGACCAAGGUGUAAAAAUUGUUUUGUUUUUUUGCAUUACCAUUGUUAGCAAUUAUGAACAUUAGAGCGGAAAUAAAUACAAUCUAGGAGAAAACUCCUCCCAAAAGGAAUGUACUUUUUGCUUAGUUUAGUAGCACUGUUUACAGUUUUCCUCCUUGUUUUGUUAUUUAUAAAUUUUA